AUGAGUACUUCAUCAAAAUUGGAUAGAGACUCUGAUCCUAAUAAGGUUGAUCAUUUCUUGUAUAGGAGUAUGAUUGGUAGUUUAUUAUAUUUGGAAGCAACUAGGCCAGAUAUUUCAUUUAGUAUAGGUGUUUGUGCUAGGUAUCAAGCUGAUCCUAGAGAACAACACAUUCUUGCAGUCAAGCGCAUUAUUCGUUAUGUCAAUAGUACAUUGAAUUAUGGAUUGCGUUAUUCUUCUAAGUCUAACUCUGAGAUUGCAGGCUAUACUGAUGUUGAUUGGGCUGGAAAUAAGGAUGAUAGAAAGAGUAAUUCAGGUGGUUGUUUCUAUGUUGGUACUAAUCUUGUUUCAUGCAACCAAAGGGUUACAGCUUUGAAUCUCUUUGAUAUGGGUCUCAGUGGCACCAUCGCUCUACAUCUUGGGAACCUCUCAUUUCUCACAUCUCUUGACAUUAGUUACAAAGGUUUCAACGGUCAUAUACCCAAAGAGUUGGCUAGUUUGGAUCGAUUACUAGAGAUCGAUUUACAAUACAACAACUUUAGUGGAGAGGUACCAUCAUGGUUUGGGAUCUUAUCAAAACUUCAACAUUUGUUUCUAUUUAAUAAUAGUUUCACAGGUACCAUUCCACCAUCAAUAUUCAACAUUUCAAAGCUAGAGAUGUUGAACAUAAACUACAAUUCUCUUCAUGGUAAUAUUUCACAAGAAACUGGUAAUCUGUCCAACCUGAAAGUGUUAGACUUGAAUUUUAACAAGCUUACGGGCUCCAUACCAUCUGCUAUAUUUAACAUGUCUUCACUGCAAGUAAUUGAUCUCACAUCAAACAACCUUUCUGAUAGUCUCCCAAUAGACAUGUGCACUCAAAUUUCUUUGCUUUAG